AUGAUUGGCCAAGUACGGUCUGAAGAUGCCACGCACCUGAAGAAGAGCAUCUCGCGUUACACUUCUUAUGACUCCAAUGGUCUCGAGCCAGCCAUCUUUCCUGACAGCAAAGAUUCUUGCACAAAAAUGGGCCUUAACCACCCUCAGCUUGUGCGCAUGCUGUGUCCUGUCAAGCACCUUGUGGAGUAUCAAAAGUCACCCUCGCAAACUAAAAGCAAGAUUGAAUCUGGCAAGAUUAAGAUGGAUUCCAAUGCCUGGCCUGCUCUUCUAUACAAUGGUAAAGUAGCUGGAGAACCUUUCAUCCAACAGAACAUGCAGGAUGGCCUUUUUGAAGGUUACAUUGUCGAACAUGUAGUGUUUUCAUUUUUCAAUUGUGCAUUGGUGUUUCUAAUUAACAUAUUUUGUUCAAGGUGUUGA